UUCAAUUUAUAGAAAAUUCGCGAAAAAACUUGAUUUUGAUUUAAAAUUAGUCAAGCAAUUAUAAUCUGUUAAUUAUAAGACGUGAUUUAAUAAAAAAAAUUGCCGAAAAAUGCGCAAAGCAUCUUUGUAUAAACGUUCAAAUGGUUUGCAGCGACGCGACGCGAAACAAACGAUAGAGGAGUUUUCACAUUUUUUACAAUGGCGAUCGGACGGAUGUGAUUCACUGCUAGAUAUUGGCUGCGGAAGCGGUGAUGUAACAAUUGACUUUUUGUUGCCGAUCUUACCAACAAAAUUUUCAAAACUGGUCGGAGUGGAUAUGUCACAAGAAAUGAUUGAAUUUGCAAGAGACCAGUAUCCGCAUCCGAAAAUUUUAUUUGAAAAAUUUGAUCUUGGUGUCGAUUUGGAGAAGCAACAAUUUCGCAACGAAGAACCAUUUGACCACAUUACAUCGUUUUAUUGUUUGCAUUGGGUACAAAAUCAAGAAAAAGCUAUACAAAAUAUGUAUAAAUUAUUGAAGCCGGAUGGUGAUAUGUUGUUGGUGUUUUUGGCACAAAAUCCCAUAUUCGAAAUUUACAAGCAAAUGUCACAAAGCAAAAAAUGGGCCAAAUAUAUGAUCGACUGCGAUAAUUUCAUUUCACCGUAUCAAUAUUCCAAAAAUGCGGCCGAUCAAUUUGGUAAACUACUAUAUUCGAACGGAUUCAUCGAGUAUUCGGUCGAGAUUCGGGAAAAGUUUUUUGUCUUCGAAGGAAUUGACUUGUUGAAAAAAUCUGUGAAAGCAGUGAAUCCAUUCAUUGAACGAAUUCCAUUGCACGAUCAAGAUGCAUUUUUCGAUGAUUAUCUCAAUCUUGUCAUAAAAAUGCACUUGUCUUUAGAUGAUAUUCAUACAAACAGUAAAACAUGCCGCUUUUUAACACCAUACAAACUGAUUGUAGCCUAUGCCAGAAAGUAACUUAAUCCAAAAUUUACUCAAGUAUUUAUAAAUAUAGAAUUUAGUGCAACAUUUAAAUUAUUAUUUAUU